GUAGAACGCCAUCUGAUUGGACGAAAGGGGUGUAGUUGUAAGAUGGCGCCCAGUGAAAUCUGACUGCAAAAUAAAAGGGAAAAUAAGACAAAAUAGCAAGAAACCGUGAAAAAUCCAAGUCUAAAAGAUCACUGAGACAAUUUGUAUCUCUUAUGCACAAGAAAAACGCUGCUGCUGGCUUGUGGAGCUGCAUUUCUGGGCGGAUAGAGAGUGGAUUUGGUCGGCCUGGGAGAAGAGAGGUAACAGUAAAGCCAGGCAGGGAGGAGAGGAGCGAGCUGUACUGUUACUGAAUUUAACACGUUUUAUACUGACGUUCUAUUCGCCACAUUAUCUAUUUUGUGCUUUCAUUAACAUGGCGUAUUUGAUUUGCUCAAGACCUGCAUAUUCUGUUUGUUUAGUAGGCCGGUAGGGAGGAGGGGACUCCACGGGAACGAGCAAAAUACCGUAGUCCGCUAACGUCAGUUAGCUUGUAACGUUAACUAGCUACAGUAGAUUUACAGCACCCGUAUUUCGCCUUUAGCAACAGUAGUUCAUUUACACUUGGCAUUUGUUCAGUAUCAAUGACAAUAUGAACAAUUACUUAAUUCAAACCCAGUCAAAUGUGAGAUUGUUUCAUCUUCGUUCGGUGUUCUCGCAACCGACCUGCUCGAGCGAAGAACCAGGACAAGACCUACCUGGCACCCCAUCCUAUCCCCUGUAGAAGAGUAGUGUUGGGCUGUGAUGAAUAACAUGGAGGGUUCGGGGGGCUCGUUUGAGGAUCUGGUGAGGCUGAAGGCCCGCAGUGUCCCCCAGCAUCGGAUGAAGGAGUUCCUGGAGUCCCUGGCCAACAAGGGCCCCGAGGCACUGCAGGAGUUCAAUCAUCAGAGCGGUGCUACCGCCACAACCACUACCACCACUACGGUGUACCAGCAGGGAGCAAACUGCAUAUACACAGACAACACCGAGGUGGCUGGGUCACUGCUGGAACUGGCCUGUCCGCAACAGCAGGUACAGGUGUCCCAGCAACAGGUGAUGGCAUCACAGCAGCAGCUCUCACCAAAUAUGACCACAGCCAUGCACCAAGGCCAAGACAUAAUACAGGUGCAGAUCGGGGGGCAACAUCAGGGCCAAGUGGUUGGGGUGGGGGGCCAGGUGCUGCAGCUGCCCUCCUCCUCCAAUCAACAGCUACAGGGGGUCACCACAGCCCAGCUAAUACAGUCCGGGGACCUCACAGAAGAACAGCACCAACAGCUGCAGGCCCAGUUGAUGGCAGCGGUGGCGGGUGGUCAACAGAUCCAGAUACAGACGGUGGGAGCUCUCUCCCCCUCACAGCAGCAGGGCUCUCCCCGGGGAAACACCAUCCAGACCACCUCCCCCCUCCAGCCAGCCAAGAAGCGUAAGGUGGACAUGCCCAUCACAGUGUCCUACGCCCUGCCUGGUCAGCAGCUGGCCACUGUGCUAGCAAUCCCCCAGGGUCAGGGACAGCAGCAGAGCUACGUAUCUCUGAGGCCAGACGUGUUGACUGUAGAUAGCAGCCACCUGUACAGUGCUACAGGUACCAUCACCAGCCCCACUGGAGAGACCUGGACCAUCCCAGUCUACUCUGCCCCGCCAGGGUCACGUGAUCAGGGCAGUGUCACACACAUCGCCAUCCCCCAGGAAGCAUACAGCGCUGUGCAGGUUGGUGGGGGGACUACAACGACAAUGGCACACACUACGCCAACGCAAGUUACGAUCGGCUCGAGUCAUGCAGUUUCCACGAUGACGGGAUCGUCGGUGGGUCAUGAAGAAGUGCAAUACCAGACAGUGGCGGCCAACUCUCUAUUCCCGGCCCAGUUCAUGCACGGGAACAUCCACAUCCCUGUGGCAGUGCAAGGGUACGGCAACACCACGCAGUCGCUCAUCUGGGACCCCCAGCAGCAGGUGCUGCACACACAGGGAGGGGUGCAGGUCCAGGACACACAGCAACUACAGGGUCAGACCAUGGCAGUAGCAGAGAUGGAGGGCCAGGGGCAUACAGAGAUGAUGCUUCCCUGUUCUCUGAAGCCUGAGGAGGGGCUUGACGUGUGGAAGCUCUGGGCCCAGAGGAAGAACGCCGAGCUGGACAAGGACGAGAUCAACAAACUAGCUCCCAUUGGCCGCCGGCAGGCACUGAGGUUCCAGGAGGACCUGGUGUCGUGUGCGGUUGCUGAGCUCAGUGUGGGGCUGUCUCACAUGUGCCAGGAGGCCCGAGGGCUGGAGGGAGAGACUUAUGGGGCUGACGUUCUCUAUUACGUCUUCCUCUGCAUACAGAAGUAUCUGGUUGAUAAUGGUCGUGUGGAUGACGUGUUUUCAGACCCAUACUACGGGCGCUUCUCCCAGUGUCUGCAUCGGAUACUGGAGCCAUGGAGGCCAAGCGUCCAUCCACUAGGCCCAGGUUACCUCAUCGCCAGUCAGGUGACAGAGGAGAUGCUGUGGGAGUGUAAACAGCUGGGUGCCCAUUCCCCUGCAACGCUACUGACUACGCUGAUGUUCUUCAACACCAAGUACUUCCAGCUGAAGACUGUGGAGCAGCAUCUGAAGCUGGCCUUCUCCAAGGUCCUGAGACACACCAGGAAGAGCCCCAACAACCCCAAAGACAAGUGCACCAGCAUCCGCUACCUGAAGCCUGUUGGCCAGCACCAGAUAGGACAGAAAGUGACAGAUGACAUGUAUGCAGAGCAGUUGGAGCACCCAGAGAACCCUCUGCGCUGCCCCAUCAAACUCUAUGACUUCUACCUCUUCAAAUGUCCACAGAGUGCUAAAGGCCGCAACGACGCCUUCUACCUGAACCCUGAACCCGUGGUGGCGCCCAACAGCCCCCUGUGGUACUCCACCCAGCCAAUCAACAGAGAGCAGAUGGAGCACAUCCUCGCUCGCUGCCUUAUCGUGAGAGAGAUCCAGGAAGCUGUUGCCAACAUACACUAGCAGGACUGGAGGAGGGGAAUGACCAUUGACUUAGACAUCGCAUCAUUAUGGCGUCGGUGAGAGCAUGGGCAGGGCCAUUGAGGCCAUCUCUAUUUUGAAGUAGUACAUUUUCUUCUUCUUCUAUGAGUUGGCAAACGAACUGAAAGGGUUCCUACUGCCACCCGGAGUGUGGUGUUUGAACAGUAUAAAGCCAAGGUUGUAAAGCGAUUUACUGCCAACUGCAGUUAUGGAAUGUUUAUUCACGAGUAGGCCUAUAAUUCAUUGGUCCAUCCCUCCUGACGGCUCAAAAAUAAUUGUAACUUCACACAUUAUCCAAGGGAUUGUGAUAAUUUUCUGGUAAAAACAUUAGUUUGCUCCCCUUAUCUUAAUUUGCUCCGUGGCAAGGUGGCCAAGUGUAGGGUCGUCACUAGUUAACACAGCCACAAAGUCAUAAACCCUUUCUAUUUCAACAUGAUCUUAAAAUCUGAUUUUAAACCCAACUCUCACCUUAACCACACUGCUAACCUUAGCCUAUCCUUACGGUAAAAAAAUAAGCUACUUUUUGUUUUCAUGUUUCAUGUAUGUAUGAUAUAGCCAAUGUUGACUUUGUGACUGUUUUUAUCUAGUGGAAACUCAAGUGUAGGCUACAGAGAAAAGCUGUUUGUUUUUCUCAGAUGACUCUCAAUUAGGAAGAACUUUGCAGCAGAUGUUUCUGAUUUAAUAAAUAUUGCCAUGUUGGUGGGUGAUAACAUUUAAAUAAAGCCCAGCCCCGAAGUGAAACAGGGUGAAAAUAAUUUGCACGUCACCUCAUAGAAAAAGGCAUGUAAGCCUCAUGGAAACGUCCGAAGUUACACAUUUGGAUUUGUCACUUCAAGCCCAAAUAUCAUACUUUGACUGAAACGAUGAUUUAUUGAUUCACAUCGUUGUGCAACGUCAUGGGUAAGCUCUGGCAAUUGUCUUUCACCCCGAAAAAGUGGAUUUCUAUUGGUGUGGGCGUUUUAAAUGUAUGUAUGUAUAUGUUAAUUGUCUGUGUAUAGCAGGAUUUCCCAACCCUCUCCUCAGGGACGAACAAAUGUUUCAGAUGUUUGUUGUAGCCUUAAACUGGCACACCUGAUUCAAUUAGUCUGCUAAUCAUCAACUCCUUGACUAAUUUAAUCAGUUGUACGAGUUUCUGGCUAAAAUCAAAAGUUGAAACUUCUGGUGGUCCCUGAGAAGAGGGUUGGGAAGUACUAGUGUAUAGUGCAUGCAGUGUACAAAACAUUAGCAACACCUUCCUAAUAUUGAGUAGCAUUCUACAGGGAUGCUGGCCCAUGUUGACUCCAAUGCUUCCCAUUAUUUUGUCAAGUUGGCUAGAUUUCCUUGAUACACAUGGGAAACUGUUGAGCAUGGAAAAACCCAGCAGCGUUGCAGAUCUUGACACAUUCAAACUCAUGUGCCUGGCACCAUACUGCCCUACACUGUUCAAAGGCACUAAAAUCUGUUUUGCCCAAUGACCCUCAAUGGCACACAAUCCAUGUCUUAAGGCUUAUAAAUCCUUCGUUAACCGGUCUGUUUCUACACUGAUUUGAAGUGGAUGUAACAGGUGACAUCAAUAAGGGAUCGUAGCUGUCACCUGGAUUCAGCUGGUCAGUCUGUCAUGGAAAGAGCGGGUGUUCCUAAAGUUUUGUACACUGCACUACAGAGAAUACCGCUUGCGAGCCUUAGGUUGCGUUUACACAGACAGCCCAAUUAGAUUAUAUACGAUGUUGUUGUUUUUUCACGAAUAGUUUUUUUUUUGUCCGACCAGAUCAGCUCUUUUGCCAAUUAUUGGGCAGAACAUCAGAAUACGGCUGCCUUUGUAAACUCAGCCUUAGAUACAACCUUUCCAUCAAAUAUUUUUGCCAAAGGAAGUAGUUGCAGGUUAAUGCGUCAUGAGUCUUGUCCUGUAGGCUAACUUUGUUUUCCCCUUAGAUAGGCCAGCUGCAGUCAAAAUUGGCUAUAUUGUCAUAAUUUAAUUUUUUGGGGUCUAAUUUGAGUGUUGUGGUUAGGUUAAAAAUCAGAUGUUAUGCCUUUGUGGUUGUGCCAGCGAGUAACCACUGCAGAGCUGCAUCCAGAACAAGAUUCAUUAUGAAAAACUAACGUGAUUUUUUUUUUUUUUUCUCCAUUUAAGCAUUACUGUGGUAAUUAUUUUCUGUUCACCAACAGACUGAGGGAUAUGCAUUUCUCCUGUUUUAUUCUGUAAAAUACAUGUUUUUUUAUGUUGCUGUUAACUAGACACUGCUGCUUCUUUGUCAUUGUCAUGAGUACCCCCUCUUUGUUGCAUUUCCUCUUUCUUAAUAGUUUUCCUGAUCUCAUUGUUGCCCAGCUGUGAACAGGUGUGUGUAUAUAUGGACUCACCUGCAGGUUCACAACCAGGAUGGGCUUUACUCUUUUGUUUUCCUCUCCUUCUCUGUGUGAUACUGGACUGAACAGACCUGUGAUGACCUUACUGAACUGUCUGGAGGCACAGUGAACUGACUGAAUGGUGCUCGGGCUGUUGUGGCCCCUAAUGGAUUAUGGCAGGCAGUGAAUGAAAGUGUUUCACAUAAACUUGUCAUAAGAACAGACUUUUUCUUUCUGUUAAAUGUUUUGCUACGUUGUGAGCUUCUGAAUGUGACCCAGGCUUACAGUCAUUGUUGACUAUUAAACCACUUUCUUACAUG